AUGAACGGAAAUGACGACGAACCAGCCUAUAGCAGAGUCCUCACUAUCCGCAAUAUCAGGGACCCUUACUUUCGGAAACAUUUCAGGAUGUCAAGAGCCUGCUUUGAUAGGCUAGUGAAUGUGAUAGGCCACCACAGAACUGAAACUGGUGACAUCAAAAGGUUGCGUACACCAAUUGAUCAAUCAACAUUAAUGAGUUUGUGGAUGAUGUUCAAUCCUGACACUUUCCGUAGUUUCGGAGUUAAUUGUGAGAAAGAUAUGAGUGUCGUGCAUCUGCACUACAAGAAAUUUAUUAGAGUAAUGUGUGAGAUUGGAAAUCGAUUUAUCAAGUGGCCUAAUGCUGUGCAGCGGCAAAGGACUGUUCUGUUCUAUGAGAGGAACUUUGGCUUCCCAGGAGUAGUUGGUUCGAUUGAUGGUACCCUAAUCAGCAUCACAGCUCCACGUGAGCAGAAGCAAAGAUAUGUUGACAAAAACAGUAACUACUCCAUCAAUGUUCAAAUUGUCUCAGAUCAUCGCCUGCUUAUUAGGGAUGUUUUUAUUGGACAACCCGGCAGUGUGCAUGAUGCCCGAGUAUUUCGCAGAAGUCCACUAGCUAAGUACUUGUACUCGAGGAAUGAUAUGCUUGACAAUGAUCAGCACAUUGUAGGAGACAAGGCAUAUGUGUUGACAGACAAACUAAUGGUUCCAUACAGAGAUGAUGGUCAUCUUGGCCUUAGCCAUAGGAAUUUUAACUUUAUACUUUCCCAGUGCAGGUGCACUGUUGAGCGGUUGAAUGCUCUGCUUAAAAACAGGAACAUUAGACUAAAAAAAUUGUUUUGUAAAUCUAUAGAAAGAACUGUUCAACACAUAGGAGCUGCAUCAGUGCUGCAUAAUUUUAUUAUUCUCAAUGGACUGGAAAUGGAUGGAAUAGCAUUUGAUGGCCCUGUACCAGAAAUUAAUGUUAUUGAAGCAAUGAAUGCAAGGCGGCAACGUGGUUAUGACAGGAGGCUUUUCGUAAGAGAACUACUUGAGCGGAAUAGAGUCGAGGAGGAUGAAGAGGAUGAAGACUAG